AUGGCAGAUUAUUCAUAUAUAAUUUUUGUAGGUUUCGUUCUCUCUGCACUCAUUUUAUUGUUUAUUAUGAAAAAACUUGGUUGGUGUGCAGACCAUGGCCGGCAAAGUUUGAAUGAAGAUCCUGAAAUGGGAACAAGUGGUGGACAAAUUCAAACGAUAUCAGCACCAACGUUAGAUCGUGUGGUUUCAGUUCCAAUGGCAUAUGAUGAUAUUCAUAUUCAUAGCAUACCAAUUGCAUCAGCAAGAGACCCUAAUAGCACCACUACAGAAGAAUUACCACCAAGUUAUAAUGAAGCAGUGCAGAAGUUUUAA